CCAUGUGUGGCAGGCCAUGGCGGGGGCGGACAGGGUACUGCUGGUGCAGAGCAACGAGGAGGAGGAGCUGCGGGUGCAGCACUUGGUGAUCCGCAAACGUACAUGGGGGUCAACUGGCCCGUGCGGCACGUGGCAGCGAGCGACGACGGGUCGUACCUGGCAGUGGCGGGCGGAGGGGCGUGAUUCUGCACAACCUGCGGUCGAAGAAGUGGCGCGUGUUUGGAGAUGUGAUGCAGGAGAGGGCCAUCAAGUGCGAGGGGCUGCUGUGGCUCGGAAAGAUCAUCAUUGUGUGCAACCACAGGGUUGCCUCGCACUCCUACGAGCUCUGCCUCUACCCCCGCUUUCACCUGGACGAAUCCUCCCUGCUGUGCCGCCAGCCCUCCCUGCCCGCCCCUGGCUCUGGACGCAUGGGGCGAUUACAUCCUGGUGGCCACGCCGCCCUUUGACAUCCGCGUGUACCACAUGCACGUGGAUGGAGACGUGUCUCCGCUGCACCUGCCCACAGUGCAGUUGCGCACAGUAGAGAGCUCUCAAUAUGUCAGCCCGCA